CGUGGCAACGUGAGGGAGCUGCCUUGUCUUUUCGUGGGCAACAGCGAUUGGACGCGCGAGCAGUUUGUGUGUUUUGUAAUUUUGGACACACAGGUGCCAAACUGAAACGCACUUUUUAUGUAAAUAUAGCACCAUAUGUCUUCGGCCAAGUUUGGUCACCUGACGUUCGACUUCUGUGCAGUGACUCUAACUUCCUGUGAUCUGCAUGCUUUUGGAAACUUGCACGUAGACUAGUUUAGGGUUCGUUUUUGGGUUAAAAGAACUACAUGUUUUUCGGCUGCUCAUUUAUACCUGAAAAGGUACGUAGGAUCAUAGCACUGAUAGACUGCAAUAACCACUUUGGAAUCGUACCGGGUGGGGGGAAAGGCUUUGGGUAACAGUUUUAUUGACAGUUUGAGACAAGGAAGUAAUCGUUAAAAUUAAAUGUUCCAAUGGUGUGCAAUUAUACUGCUACAGUUUUGUUUUCAGUGUGGCAUUUACACAUACGGUGCGUCACAGCGAGUAGCUACUGUACACGUCGAACUUGACAAUGACUUAGAAGUGAUGCAUUAAAGGCUAACUUUAGCCAUUUUUUAAUUGGAUUUAAAAAAAGGCACCACCGUAUGCCACUAGCCUGAUUCUGUUUACUGACCAGCGCACGUGUUCUCCGAAGCUGAUUUACUCAGAAAUUUGGGGGUGACAGCAAUGCCUCAAAUCACAGCCGCGGCAAUACUUCAGAUUGCUUUGCUGCUGUCAGCACUGCCUGCGCAAUACUUGAUAUCCAAAUGGAGCGGGAGCGAUACGGUGCAACGACAUCGUGCAACGCAACGGCUCAUUGGCGCGUGGAAAGAUUUAAGGAAAUCUUACCUGAAUUUGACCGUGUGGACAGACUGGCUGGACCAAUGGAUUAAUUCGUUAAUAUUUUCUGAUGAACCGGGAGAUGACGAUCAAGGGGAAUCUCCCGCUUUGGAGAUACAAAUGCACGACAAUGACCAAGGUUACUUUGGAGCCUCCCGGGAGGUCCGCAGUCCCCGGCCCCCCUACGUCCUGCACCGGGUGGGGCAGGUGGUGAUGGAGAAGAGGAACCGCAUGGUCGGGGUCAUCGUCAGCUGGGACGACAGACUCAAGGCACCGCCGGAGUGGAUCAAGAAGAUGUACUCUGGCUUCGAGGUGCAGAAAGCUAUGGACACGCCCCACUACAAGGUCAUCUUCAGCGGCCCCGGAUCCAGCUCUUUCAUGGUUGGCUACCUCCCUCAAGCGUCGCUGGAGCUGUUCACAGGCUUCAAGCCGGACAUCCCCACACUGGAGCGCUACUUCAGCCACCAUGACGGGACGCGCUUCGUCAUGCAGCCCUGGCUGCAGGAGCGCUUCCCUGAGGACUAGCAGCAGGCCGAGCCGCGGGGGUGGGGGAGGGGCCCAGACAGCGCACCCUGCUGGCGGCCGAAUGAACUGCGCGACAGCAGAGGGAGAACGAGGCUGAGACGGACGACCGACAGCACGCUGCAGAAAUGCGCCGUUCCUGCGACACUGACUGCGACCCCACGCCGCAGGGAAUGCGCUGACUGUCACACUGUCACCACGGCGAUUGUGAUUUUCAGUGACUGAAUCAGGUGAUUCAAUCACUCGUUGAAUCACUGAGUGACCGAAGUCCUUUUCAAUGCCACGUUCUUGCCUCUCCUGUACCAUUCAAAUGAACACAACUCAGUGGAUCAGUUACACUUAACUACUGUGAGAAUCCACCUGAGACCGAGGAAAAAAAAAUCAACCUUCACAAAAUAAAAUAUUGCUGGUGAC